CGGUCCUGGUGUCACGUGACUCGCGAGAAGUUUCCCCUUCUUCUGGCUGUUUUUCUUCUUCUUUUCUUUCCACGUUGAUCAGUUUGUGAUUAGUACCAUGGGUGCAAGCUGGAGCAGAGAUCACCUCCAUAAGCAUCUUCAUAUCUGAUAUAUAUUUGAUUUGAUUUCUCUUCAGUGUACUUGGUGAUGUCUGCAUGUCUGUAAACACACAAUGGUGUGGUUUCUAGAAGGGCUGUGCUUCCUGCCAACAUUUCUUGUCAUUUGGUCCUCGAGCACUUUUGUAGUGAACUAUCUGAUUGCUGUUUCCCGUCAGGACAUCGAUGUGAUCUUCCCUUACAUCAGUGAUACCGGAGCGACCCCUCCCGAGAGCUGCAUAUUCGGUCUCAUGGCAAUAAUUUCAGCUUUCGCAGGGUUUGCCACCAUGUUUGCCAGAUAUAAGUUUGUGCAGAAGCUGAUCGAAAAAACAGGCGGCGUGUCCCAUCGAUGGAACCUGGCUGCUUUCGUCAUCGCCACGCUCUCUUGCAUAGGCAUGUGCUUCGUGGCAACGUUUCAGGAGGUAGAGCAGACGGCGGUCCACGAUUUUGGAGCCUUGAUGUUCUUCAUUUGGGGAGCGGUUUACAUCGUACUGCAGACCUACAUCUCGUACAAGGUCCAUCCUUACGGAUCUUCAAAGCGCGUGUGUCAUAUCCGUGCCGUCUUUUCCUUGGUGGCGAUCUUGGCAGUAAUUCCAACUAUAAUUUGUGCGUCAUUUCUGAAGACGAACAAAUUGCACCGGACGUCAGAAGACAAGGACUACGUAUUCCAUGUCGUGAGCGCUGUGAGCGAGUGGAUAGCAGCCUUCACGUUCGUCUUCUUCUUCUUCACGUAUAUACAAGAGUUCAAGCAGUUCACUUUGAAAGUGAACGUCCAGUUAUUGGAGUUCGCGUGAGUCCAACGUUACGACCGUCACUGUGAGACAUGUCUGAUUACACGUACGAGUCUGUAGGAGUGUAGUCGUCAUUUUAAACAAAACAAAGCAAUAAUAAUAAUAAUAAUAAUAAUAAUAAAAAAUCAAACUAUCUAAUGAGUUUUAUAAGCAAAUUUUAUUUUUAUACUCUGUUUAUAUACAUGUUAUUUAAUCACACAGGCCUGAAGGAAUUUAGCACAUUGCAAAUAAAGAUCUAUAAUGAUGCAGUCAUAGCUUUUGCACUUUAAAUCCAUGUUACUGUAAUGCUAACCCACAAUAAAAAGGAUGUAAUUACACAAUGUGCGUGACUCCUGUGUUGGGAAAUAAAAGCAUGUGAUGUCCUUAA